UCACUUUCUUUUGUGAAAACAAUACGUGUUAAUUGAUCGGUUAUAGUGGGCUUAGACUCCACUUUAUAGCUCUUAUUAUGACUUGCAUUGCAUUUGAUGCAAGUCAGGAACGCAAAAGCGAAAGUCAGUCACACUAGUCAUCAAAACCGCGUCUUUUCUCCUUCUCUAUUACAUCUCUCUCUCUGCCUCUGAAAGUCUAGAGUCUUUUCGGACUGUUUGGAGAAAUGGGUUCCCUACUCUUACCCAUUAUCAGAUCCAUCUCCAAGUUCACAUCUUUCGCCAUUUUGAUUCUGUUUCUGAUUUCUUGCACCAGCUUUAUAUCAACAGAUGCCUAUGAUGCACUUGACCCAACUGGAAAUAUCACAAUUAAAUGGGAUAUUCUGAAUUGGAAUCCUGAUGGUUAUGUGGCUACAGUUACAAUUUACAACUUCCAGCAGUAUCGCCAUAUUGAAGCACCGGGAUGGCAGUUGGGAUGGACAUGGGCAAAGAAGGAGGUAAUAUGGAACAUGAUGGGUGGCCAAACAACUGAGCAAGGAGAUUGUUCGAAAUAUAAAGGCAACAUUCCACAUUGCUGUAGAAAGAACCCGACAGUUGUGGAUUUAAUGCCAGGAACUCCAUACAACAUGCAGAGUGCUAAUUGCUGCAAAGGGGGAGUAAUCAGUUCAUGGGUGCAAGAUCCAGCCAAUGCAUUAAGCUCAUUCCAGGUCAGUGUUGGUUCAGCUGGAACCACUAACAAAACUGUCAGGGUGCCUAAAAACUUUACCCUGAAGGCACCAGGGCCCGGUUAUACUUGUGGUCCUGCUAAAAUUGUCAGACCAAGUAAAUUCAUCUCUGCUGACAAAAGGAGAGUCACACAAGCAUUGAUGACGUGGAACGUGACGUGCACAUAUUCACAAUUCCUGGCUCAGAGGACUCCUACUUGCUGCGUCUCGUUUUCAUCCUUCUACAAUGACACAAUUGUACCUUGCCCAACUUGUGCCUGUGGUUGUCAAAACACUUCUCGGUCCGGAACCUGUGUGGAUCCAAAUGCACCACAUUUAGCUUCAGUUGUUCCAAGUGCCGGGAAGAACAGCUUAGCACCCCUGGUUCAGUGUACAAGCCAUAUGUGUCCGAUUAGAAUUCACUGGCAUGUUAAAGUAAAUUACAAGGAAUACUGGCGGGUUAAAGUCACAAUCACAAACUUCAACUACAAUAUGAACUAUACUCAGUGGAACAUGGUUGUCCAACACCCCAAUUUCGACAAUGUUACCCAGAUUUUCAGCUUCAACUAUAAGCCAUUAACUCCUUAUGCGGUUAUAAAUGAUACUGCCAUGCUAUGGGGCAUUAAGUUCUACAAUGAUUUGCUCAUGCAAGCUGGCCGUGCUGGUAAUGCACAGUCGGAGCUACUUUUCCGGAAGGAUCAAUCAACUUUCACUUUCGAAAAGGGUUGGGCCUUCCCCAGAAGGAUCUAUUUCAAUGGUGAUAAUUGUGUCAUGCCACCUCCUGAUUCCUAUCCAUGGUUGCCAAACGCCGGUGCCCGUCAGCGUAUCUCCUCUCUUACUCUCAUCACGACUUUCCUUUCUGCGCUGUUCUUGUACGGACUACUAGCUUAAGUUUAACACAUUUUUUGACCGACUAAUUAUGUGGAAACCCGGAAACCAUGUUAGUCAUAGCAGUUUGAGGUAUGCUGUUAUAUGUCGAAACACACUGGUUUCCGUCAAACAAGUCGUCAGGUGGAUGACUUCUAUUGUAUCUAUAUCUGACAUCUAAAAUAUAUGAAUGCAGUUGUAUCUAUAUUUAGAGGCAUUGAUAGA